UAACUAUCGAGAAGAAAAGUUGUUUGUAAAAAGAGGUGGAAAACUGACAGAUUCGUAUAUAAAUGAAGUAGACUGCGAACGUCCCCUUUUUAUAACCUCAAAAAUGCGCGAGAAGUAUUACAGUGCUAUGGCAAAGUGAGCUUAUUUAAACCUAAAAACAGUGUUAAAGUGUACAAAUUGUGACUAUGCCGUCGAAGAAGAGAAAAUACAAUGCGAGGUUCCCAGCCGGGCGAAUUAAGAAGAUAAUGCAGACUGACGAGGAGGUUGGGAAGGUGGCUCAGGCCGUGCCAAUCAUAAUCUCUCGUACUCUGGAGCUAUUUGUGGAGUCUCUGCUGGGCAAGGCCAUGCAGGUGACCAUGCAGAGGAACGCUAAGACCCUCAGCCCGUCCCAUGUCAAGCAGUGCAUACUUGCCGAGUCGCGGUUUGACUUCCUUAGAGACCUGGUGAAAAACAUCCCUGACGUUACUGCAGCGGAAGAAAGAGAAAUGAUGAGUAGAGAGAACUCGCCAAAUUCUACGAGGGUCUCGGACACAACCGCCCCUCGAAGAGUAGUCAGAGAAGACUCGAAUAGCUCGAGCAGCUCCGACGUCCGAGUGCAAGCGACGGCCAAAGACAACCUCCGCCGAGCCGUCUCCCUAGACACAGACCGACCGAAGAACGAAACAAUCACGUCAGAGGCUAUAGAUUUAACAAAGAAGUUAGAAGAUAGGCCAAUAGUAACGGCCAACUUCUACCAAGAGACCCAGACUGUGGAUUCAGAAGUACAACAUAAGAGUGUCAUAACUCUAAAUCCUACGUACGCGAGCCCGCAGCCUUCCACGUCCCACUACGCAGGUUUCAAAAGGGUGAUGAAUAGGAGUGAAUCACUACCCUACCCACCCGUAGCGACCUACGUAGCCCCAAGCAAAGACAUAGCACCCAUACUAAACAUAGACUUCUCCAAAAACCUCGCUGUGCCUGAGAUCAAAGUCCUAGACACAGCUGUAGCUAGUAUUGUAGGCGUUCCCAAAGAAGAAAAAAAAUUACACAGGCAGAACUCCAAAAAGUCUGAAGUCAAAAAAAUAGAAAUACCUAAACCCCUAAUGCCUCCCAGAGUCGAUAUAGAUCACCUCAAUUCAGGGAACCUACAAAUAGAUGAAGACUAUGAUACCUGAAUUAUUUUGUAAGUAAAUUCAAUUUUUUUUUGUUGUGCUAUAUUGUAUAGUAUGACGGUUUGCACGGGAUUUGUUAUCCAAACGGCUGUAACCACGGAAUGCUGAAUAAGUCAAUAGAAACGAUAAGUUCCUAUUUGUUCGUCAUCAUUGGUGACAUUGAAAUAUACGUUUGGUUUGUUUUGAUUAUUGCACAUAAGAAAUUGAGUGUACAUAGGCGAACUUAAUACUUAGAGUUAUUCUCUUCCAAUUAACCCUUGGUGAUGGGGACACUGUGAUAAAAACAGUGUAUAGAUAGAGUGAACGAAGUAAAAAACCGGCCAAGUGCGAGUCAGACUCGCGCACUGAGGGUUCCGUACCUUUACCGUACCGUUUACUUACCUAUGUUAGUAAUUAAUAAUAAUAAUUAUUAUUGACGUCAUUAAUCCAUUAAAAUGACAAAUUACCUUUUCGAUAAGACGAUUGCAAUUUGCACGUGUUUGUAAUGCAGACUCCUUUCUUAGAUAGGUACAUAAGUAAACAGAUGGAUCUUUGAGUUAAAGAGCUUUAACUUGACUCAUUGAAUUUAUAAGUCCAGAUUUCAUUGUUGUCCUUUCAUUUAAUUUAUCAAGUUUAUUGGAGAGAUUUGAUCCUUAUAAUUGAUCCUAACGAUAUAUGCAAUAAAAGUACAGGUUGUAAUUUUUACAGAUUUUAGUCGGUUCGAUUCCCGGGUAUGUCAAGCGAAUUUUUGAAAUGCAGUUUUCUUUCUAUUCAAAAAUAAAGGAACGGUUUCUUUGAGUAAAAUUUACCUUCAAGGUGGCAUUACAAAAUUCCACCAUGUAUAUUUUGAAUUCUGUGUCUAUACGAACAAUUUUAUCUACAACAAUCUGAACUUCAAGAUAGAUAGAUACACUUUAUUGCACACAAAAACACAUGUAAAGGAUCACAACACAGAAAGAAGAAAACAGAAAAAAACAAUUGUGUGCAAAGGCGGCCUUAUUGCUUGGAGCCAUCUCUACCAGGCAACCUUUGCUGAGAGGAGAAGUUAAAGGUGACAUUUAUAAUUCAUUAUUUGAAUUAGGUGCGAUUGCUAUCGUUAACUCUCAUCAAAACCGGCCAAGUGUGAGUUAGGCUUUGCUCUUAUAUGGUGUACCUGUGAAUGAAAACCAAAAAAAAAGUUUGUUUUGGUCAAAGCUUAUUUUACAUUUUCCGUUUGGACAACAAAUCCUAGUGCAUUUAAAUUGUUUACCAGUCUAGAUAUAUGGUAUGAUAAGUUCGUUAGGUUAAUAAAUGAAUAAUUAGUUA